UUAGUCAGCGUGGGGCGCAGCGCUCCUCACAGCCUGGUCACUGUUAUAUCACACUCAGCAGCCUGGCAGACGUAGAUCGGUUUUCUGGUGGCAUGUUAUGUUUCUACUUGUGUUCUAAAAACAAAAGUUCAGCAACUCACUCAGAGAAACAAAAAAACAUUCCUGCAGAAAUUACUUUUUACAAUUAUAUAAGUAUUCCUGGCAUUGCUUUCUUUCCACCAGCUUUUCUUGUGAGUGACCUGGUCUUAACCUACUUAUUAUUUUAUUAUUUUUAACACACUCCCUUGGUAAGCUAGCUGUACACAGCAAAUUAAAGGUCAUGCAGCAUCUUGCAGACCACCACAGUUUGAGAAAGAUUGCUUUAGGGUUAGUCUCUGGCUGUUUGUUGUUGACAUCAACAACAGAAUAUGUUUAUAAAUGUUUCCACAGUUUGGACGAAAAAGAGCAAAAUAAACAGUUAAACUUCAUGUGGAGCAGAAUGUUGCUAAAUGCAUUAGAAAUUAGGAGGAAGAAUAAGAAUGGAAGGAAGGAAAUCAGAGCGGGCCAGAGCUGAGUAAGUGGAGCAGAACCAGAGCGUAGGAGCGUCAGUGAGGGAGGGGCGACCCGUUGUCUCUGACAGGGGUUGGACAGAGGAGCAGACGAUCUCAGGAUUCACGGCGUGUUCGGACAUUUUUCCUGGACGGUCUGAACAGAACAGACCUCCAGUUUUAUUCUGUGAACUUUAAAGAGCUGCAGGAUCAGUAGGAGCUUUUCCUGGGUCCUCAGAUGUUCUGGGUUCCUUCGGCCUCUGGGUGAUGAUUCGGUGGCGCUUUAACGGUACCUGUUGAAGUCCGGGGUCAUCAGCAUGGUGGCAGGUCAGAGGCCCGGUUCUGUGCUGGGACACCUGCUGACCUCUGGGUUUUCCUCUCAGAACCACAACAUGGGGAAACAGGAGGAGGAGUCGGGCACCAAGCGCAGCAAACCUGUUCCCAGGGUGGCGGCGCUGGCGAGCCUGCUGCCUCCGGUUAAAGCCACUUCGCUGAAGAGGAUCGGCCAAACUCUGCAGUUUCUGUGCCUGCAGCGCUCCGUCAGUUUCCGUAACGAGAGUCGAGCUUCAACUCUUCCAAAUCCUCCGCCUCUUCCUCCUCCUUCCUCCUCUUCCUCGUCCACGAUGACGACGCGUGUCGUUUCCGCGACCGUCUCCAGCCCUCCGUCCUGCAUGACCAUGACGCGGGUUUCCACGGCAACAGGCCCCACCUCCAAGCGCCGCGACAGCAAGCUGUGGAGUGAGACGUUCGACAUCCGAGUCGGAGCGACUCUGAGUCCAAAGGAGAUAAAAAGACAAGAGGCCAUUUUUGAGUUGGCUCAAGGAGAACAGGACUUGGUGGAAGACCUAAAGUUGGCCAAAAAGGCGUACCACGACCCGAUGCUGAAGCUGUCCAUCAUGACUGAGCAGGAACUGAACCAGAUCUUCGGUACUCUGGACUCACUCAUACCUCUGCAUGAAGACUUGCUGAGUCGGCUACGAGACGCCAGAAAACCCGACGGAACCACAGAAAAUGUCGGACACAUCCUGACCGGCUGGCUGCCGUGUCUCUCCUCCUAUACGCCGUACUGCAGCAACCAGGUUCAGGCCAAGGCCCUGCUGGACCAGAAGAAGCAGGACCGGCGGGUCCAGGACUUCUUGCAGCGCUGCCUGCAGUCUCCGUUCAGCAGGAAGUUGGACCUGUGGAACUUCCUGGACAUCCCUCGCAGCCGGCUGGUGAAGUACCCGCUGCUGCUCAGAGAGAUCCUGAAGCACACACCCAACGACCACCUGGACCGGCAGCACCUGGAGGAAGCGAUGCUGAUGGUGCAGAGCGUGGUGGCGGACAUCAACAGGCGGACCGGAGAGUCGGAGUGUCAGCACUAUAAGGACCGUCUGCUUUACUCAGAUGAAGGACGGCGGCACGAACUGAUCGACCGAUCCAAGACGCUCAGCUGCCACGGAGAGCUGAAGAACAACAGAGGAAUCAAGCUCCACGUGUUUCUGUUCCAGGACAUUUUGGUGAUCACCCGGUCGGUUUCGCUGAACAGCCAGCCGGUUAGCUACCAGCUCUGCCGCCAGCCAAUCCCCAUCCGCCAGCUGGACCUGGAGGACGUAUCGGACGGCGAGAUGAGAGUGGGCGGGUCCAUCAGAGGGGCCUUCAGCAACAACGAGCGAACCAAGAACUUCUUCCGGGUUUCGUGCCGGUCAGGAAGCCAGCUGCAGACGCACUGCUUCCAGGCGAGCGACGCCUUCAACAAGCAGCAGUGGAUCAACUGCAUCCGGCAGGCCACGGAGGCGGCGGGAGAGCAGACUCCUCAGACGGAACGGCGUACAGAACCAGAACCAGGAGAACCGACCGAUUCGAGCGAAGUUUCAGGAAUCAAAAACAAAACUUUGGCAAAGACAGAAGAUGUGAAUCUGGAAGAUGUUGGUUUAUUCUCAGAGAGCAUGAUGACCGACGAUGAUGGGAUGUCAUCAGUAGAACCAGAGAUGGACGGUGAGAGGGAGUCGACACCAGAACCAGAACCACCUGCAGACUGCUGGAUGGACCAGGAAGUAGAGAGUACAGGUGGGAAGGACGCUCUGAACGCACAGGAAGAGGAGGAGAAGGAAAUCAGCACCGACGCCGGAGACAAUGAGGAAAUGAUCUGCAGAUGCUGACGGAAAAUAAACUGAACUGAAUUCAACCAAAUAAAGAAUCAGUUCAGAUACUCAACAAAAUGUUGGUUCUGAUGGUUAGGAAAUUUGUGACCUUCCAACCACA